GCAGUCUAUAUUGCAUCAAGAUGGCAGCCCUCAUGAACGGAGCACGCACAUUGAGAAAUCACUGGAAAAAGUCAACAGUUUUAGCAGUUUUGUCUGUAUGGGGUGCAAACUUUCUAGUAGACCGAUAUAAGGCAGAUCUUUUGAGAGCGGAAUACUGCAGACAAGCUCAGCUGUAUGGACAGCAACUCACACAGACCAUCAGCAGACCUGUUAAAGCAACUGUCUUCUUGAAUCCAGCUGCUAGAAAAGGCAAAGCCAAGAAGCUCUUCCAGAAGAAUGCUGCCCCACUUCUCCACCUUGCCGGUCUUGAUGUUGAAAUCAUACAGACCUCGAUGGAAGGUGAAGCAAAGGAUUUAGCUGGAUCCCUGGCUAAGACGGACAUUGUGAUCAUCGCCGGCGGAGAUGGGACGGUAGCAGAGGUCAUCACUGGACUACUCAGAAGAGAGGAUGAGCAAGCGGUCAGUUCAAACUGGACAUUGGGCAUUAUACCGGUUGGAGCAACAAAUUCUUUGGCCAGGAUAUUGUACUCGGAUGCAGAGGUCGAUGUCAGAUGGAUGUGCAAUUCUGCAAUGGCAAUCAUCAAGGGUUUCACCAGACAAGUAGAUGUCAUGUCAGUACAGGAUGAAACACACGGUCGCAAGUCUUAUGCUGUGAAUAGUAUUCAAUGGGGCCCAUUGCACGAUGCCAAUGAGAAAGCUACAAAAUUUUGGUAUUUCGGACCUCUGAAGUAUAGGUUCAGCUACUUAUGGGCAGGUCUGACCAAGGUGUUUCCAGCUCAGGUCAAAGGUCAUGCGUCAUACGGUCACCCGAAGGAGAUCCCCGAACCAGUCGUUCCAGAGAAGCUCUGGUGGUGGACCAGACUCGUGAAUAGACUCUGGCCCAAACAAGUGGAACCAGAACCUGAAGUACAAGAGGUGGAAGAGGAAAUAUUGGAAGAACUGGACAUCUCAACUGUAGAACUGUGUAUCAUGACGGACAACAGUGGAAGCAAGAGAGAGGGCCCACCUGCUUUGCAGCUUAGAGUUGGACCUCAAGAGUUGUCAAGAACAGACUUCGUGAAAGAAGGUUGGUCUAGAGCCAGCAAGCAGGAUCACAUUGAGACGUUCAAGGUGACUGAUAUCCCUGCAGGAGAAAUUCAUCUCAAGCCUGAUCUAGUAGAGGCAGAGGAAGCCUGGUAUACCAUUGACAAUGAUCGCUUCGAGGCCAUGCCCAUCGUCAUCGAGCUACUUCCGUCCAAGCUACGCUUCUUCACCGAUGCUCUACCCCAGGCAACACAGCUCAAUACCACCACAAGAUGACAUGCAGUAUGCAUGCAUGGGUGAAGGAAAGUGAUAUCAAACUUGGUGCUUUGAUUCUCCAACAUGGAUAGAUAAUCCAGGGUCCAGUCUGGCAAAGAGUUGCAAUUGAUUACAAAUAAUGUGCAGUAGACCAUUUUCUUAAUGUAAUCAAAUUUAAUGCACAAAUCUUUGUUUCACUUGAACCGGGUGGUCCUUGUAUUAAGCCUUUGGGAAUGAGAGAAUUCAGUAGUUCAAAGGUCAAGUGCCUUGUUACACGUUAUUUCAUUCACGUACCUGUCACAUAUAAUUGUAUAUAAUAUCGAAAGGCAAAAUGCAAAUUGCAUCCAUUUAUUGUUGCUAGGUAGGAAAAACAUUAUGGCUUGUCUAUCUAACAACACGUAGGUAUAUGCAAUUCCCAUUCUGACUAUCGAAAUACAAUUUUUAGUAACGGCUAGGUGAAUGAAAUAAUUAGUUACAGGGCUCUUAACCCUAUCUAGCUUCUAAAGCCCCCCCACCCCACCCCCCUC